GCCCAGAGCUGUCACCCAGGGCUGGGAGGGAACGCAGAGAGCCCGCCUGCCUGCUCAGCUCCCCUUCCUGUCCCCUGAGUGCUCAGCCAUACCCGCUUCUGGGAGCUCUGGAAGGGCCAGUGGUUGGAUGCCCCUCUAGCAGGGAGCUGGGCCUGUGGCUCCGGGGCUCCUGGCUCCUCCUGCCGCCUGCAGUGCCCAGGCCGGAUGAGGCACCUCCCCGCAGCGCGGGUCCCAGCAGCAGUGGCCUGAGGGAGCCCCUGAGCAGCGAGGGCCCCGCCCAGCCACCUUCCCUUUGGCCGACUCCCGCCUCAGGCGGCCCCCUGCCGGGCAUGCUGCUGGUGCCCAAGGCUCAGGGGCUUGUGGAGAUGCUGCAGACCAUCUAUGAGACGGAAUCCUGUUUCUCAGCAGAUGGGAUGCCAGGCCGGGAACCAUCCUUGGAAAUCCUGCCUCGGACCCCUCUACAUGGCCUCCCUGUGGCAGUGGAGGUGAAGCCGGUGCUGCCAGGAGCCAUGCCCAGCUCCAUGGGGGGCGGGGGAGGAGGCAGCCCCAGCCCCGUGGAGCUGCGGGGUGCGCUGGCAGGCCCCGUGGACCCCGCGCUGCGGGAGCAGCAGCUACAACAGGAGCUCCUGGCGCUCAAGCAGCAGCAGCAGCUGCAGAAGCAGCUCCUGUUCGCUGAGUUCCAGAAACAGCACGACCACCUGACCCGGCAGCAUGAGGUCCAGCUGCAGAAGCACCUCAAGCAGCAGCAGGAGAUGCUGGCAGCCAAGAGGCAGCAGGAGCUGGAGCAGCAGCGGCAGCGGGAGCAGCAACGGCAGGAGGAGCUGGAGAAGCAGCGGCUGGAGCAGCAGCUGCUCAUCCUGCGAAACAAGGAGAAGAGCAAAGAGAGUGCCAUCGCCAGCACCGAGGUGAAGCUGAGGCUCCAGGAAUUCCUCCUGUCGAAGUCAAAGGAGCCCACACCAGGCGGCCUCAACCAUUCCCUCCCACAGCAUCCCAAAUGCUGGGGAGCCCACCAUGCUUCUUUGGACCAGAGUUCCCCUCCCCAGAGCGGCCCCCCUGGGACGCCUCCCUCCUACAAACUGCCUUUGCUUGGGCCCUACGACAGCCGUGAUGACUUCCCCCUCCGCAAAACAGCCUCCGAACCCAACUUAAAAGUACGUUCGAGGCUAAAGCAGAAGGUGGCCGAGCGGAGAAGCAGUCCCCUCCUGCGUCGCAAGGACGGGACUGUCAUUAGCACCUUUAAGAAGAGAGCUGUUGAGAUCACAGGUGCCGGGCCUGGAGUGGCAGCCGUGUGCAACAGCGCGCCAGGCUCCGGCCCCAGCUCUCCUAACAGCUCCCACAGCACCAUCGCCGAGAAUGGCUUUACUGGCUCAGUCCCCAACAUCCCCACCGAGAUGCUCCCCCAGCACCGGGCCCUCCCUCUGGACAGCUCCCCCAACCAGUUCAGCCUCUACACGUCUCCCUCUCUGCCCAACAUCUCCCUAGGGCUGCAGGCCACGGUCACUGUCACCAACUCGCACCUCACCGCCUCCCCAAAGCUUUCGACGCAGCAGGAGGCCGAGAGGCAGGCCCUCCAGUCCCUGCGGCAGGGUGGUGCGCUGACGGGCAAGUUCAUGAGCACAUCCUCUAUCCCCGGCUGCCUGCUGGGCGUGGCACUGGAGGGCGACACCAGCCCCCACGGGCAUGCUUCCCUGCUGCAGCAUGUGCUGCUGCUGGAGCAGGCCCGGCAGCAGAGCACCCUCAUUGCUGUGCCGCUCCACGGGCAGUCCCCGCUGGUGACGGGUGAGCGCGUGGCCACCAGCAUGCGGACGGUGGGCAAGCUCCCUCGGCACCGGCCCCUGAGCCGCACUCAGUCCUCGCCGCUGCCCCAGAGCCCCCAGGCCCUGCAGCAGCUGGUCAUGCAGCAGCAGCACCAGCAGUUCCUAGAGAAGCAGAAGCAGCAGCAGCUGCAGCUGGGCAAGAUCCUCACCAAGACUGGGGAGCUGCCACGGCAGCCCACCACCCACCCCGAGGAGACAGAGGAGGAGCUGACAGAGCAGCAGGAGGCCUUCCUGGGGGAGGGGGCCCUGGCCAUACCCCGAGAAGGCUCCACGGAGAGUGAGAGCACACAGGAAGACCUGGAGGAGGAGGAAGAGGAGGAGGAGGAGGAGGAGGGAGAGGAGGAGGAGGAGGAGGAGGAGGAGGAGGAGGAGGAGGAGGAGGACUGCAUCCAGGUCAAGGAUGAGGAGGGCGAGAGUGGUGCUGAGGAGGGGCCCGACUUGGAGGAGUCCAGUGCUGGUUACAAAAAGGUGUUUGCAGAUGCCCAGCAGCUGCAGCCUCUGCAGGUGUACCAGGCGCCCCUCAGCCUGGCCACUGUGCCUCAUCAGGCCCUGGGCCGCACCCAGUCCUCACCUGCUGCCCCUGGGGGCAUGAAGAGCCCCCCGGACCAGCCCACCAAGCACCUCUUCACCACAGGUGUGGUCUAUGACACGUUCAUGCUGAAGCACCAGUGCAUGUGCGGCAACACACACGUGCACCCUGAGCACGCUGGCCGGAUCCAGAGCAUCUGGUCUCGGCUGCAGGAGACAGGCCUGCUCAGCAAGUGUGAGCGGAUCCGGGGUCGCAAAGCCACGCUGGACGAGAUCCAGACGGUGCACUCCGAAUACCACACCCUGCUCUAUGGGACCAGCCCCCUCAACCGACAGAAGCUGGACAGCAAGAAGCUGCUCGGCCCCAUCAGCCAGAAGAUGUACGCCAUGCUGCCUUGUGGGGGCAUCGGGGUAGACAGUGACACCGUGUGGAAUGAGAUGCACUCCUCCAGUGCCGUGCGCAUGGCGGUGGGCUGCCUGGUGGAGCUGGCUUUCAAGGUGGCGACGGGGGAGCUCAAGAAUGGUUUUGCCAUCAUCCGGCCCCCAGGACACCACGCGGAGGAGUCCACAGCCAUGGGAUUCUGCUUUUUCAACUCUGUAGCCAUCACAACCAAACUCCUGCAGCAGAAGCUGAAUGUGGGCAAGGUUCUCAUCGUGGACUGGGACAUUCACCACGGCAACGGCACCCAGCAAGCAUUCUACAACGACCCCUCCGUGCUCUACAUCUCCCUGCAUCGCUAUGACAAUGGGAACUUCUUUCCGGGCUCUGGGGCUCCUGAAGAGGUUGGCGGAGGGCCGGGCGUGGGGUACAAUGUGAACGUGGCAUGGACGGGAGGUGUGGAUCCCCCCAUCGGAGACGUGGAGUACCUAACGGCCUUCAGGACAGUGGUGAUGCCCAUUGCCCACGAGUUCUCACCUGACGUGGUCCUGGUCUCCGCCGGGUUUGAUGCUGUCGAGGGACACCUGUCUCCGCUGGGUGGCUACUCGGUCACCGCCAGAUGUUUUGGCCACUUGACCAGGCAGCUGAUGACGCUGGCAGGGGGCCGGGUGGUGCUGGCCCUCGAGGGAGGCCACGACUUGACCGCCAUCUGUGAUGCCUCUGAGGCCUGUGUCUCCGCUCUGCUCAGCGUGGAGCUGCAGCCCUUGGACGAGGCAGUCUUGCAACAAAAGCCCAACGUCAACGCAGUGGCCACGCUAGAGAAAGUCAUCGAGAUCCAGAGCAAACACUGGAGCUGUGUGCAGAGGUUCGCUGCUGGUCUAGGCCGUUCCCUGCGGGAGGCCCAGGCCGGUGAGACAGAGGAGGCUGAGACUGUGAGCGCCAUGGCCUUGCUGUCGGUGGGGGCCGAGCAGGCCCAGGCUGCUGCAGGCCGAGAGCACAGCCCCAGGCCGGCAGAGGAGCCCAUGGAGCAGGAGCCUGCCCUGUGACGCCCUGGCCCCCACCCCUCUGGGCUUCAUCAUUGUGAUUUUGUUUAUUUUUUCUAUUAAAAAACAAAAAGUCACACAUUCAACAACGUCUGCCGUGUGGGUCUCUCAGCCUCGCCCCUCCUGCUCCUCUAAGCUGCCUCAGGCCCCCCCUUCCCCCCACCCCCCGUGGCCCAUGUCUCAGCUCUAGAAGUUUGCGCCCUCUUUAGGGCCAGGGGUACCCUUUCCAGCCCUUCCCUCACGUUGUAUCCCACACCCACUUCCUGCAUUCUGUCUUUGUCCCCCUUGGAGCUUGGGCCAGCUCAAGGUGGGCCUGGGGCCCAGAUAGCACCUUCCGGUCCUGGGGUCCCCCUGAGUGAGGAGGGAACAGUAAGUUUGGUGCCUUGGCUUCAGCUGACUUAGGGGGAAAUGCCUUAAUUUCACCCUCCUCCCCUCUCCAGCCCCAGGGGAGGGUCCGGAGGGUCCCUCUACAGUCUUAAGGUGUAGAGUGGAGGGGAGGUGGGCUCCCGCCCUGCGAUUCUCACUCUUUUCCCCCAGUGUCCUCACCAUCUCCACACAGACCCCUCUCUCCUCCUCCUUUCUCCUGGCCUCAGCAGCGAAGGGAAGCUUGUGCCGUCGGAUGCGGGCCUGAGGUCUGUGCGCAGGGCUGUCUUGCCUUACCCUCCUCAGGGCCUCUUUCCCCUUCUCAGGGGCUGGAGAGGGUGAAAGCGUGGGGGGAGGUUUGGAGCUGCACUCCUGGGUUCUGAGGGGCCAAGGGGAGGCGCAGAACCGGGCCUGCUCUCCAUCUUAUUCUGUCGGCCUCCCUGCCCCUCUGCUGGCACAGUCUGGGGAGCGGGGAGAAGGUGGUCCCUGCAGGGGGGCUCCAGGCUGGUGAGAGCCCCCCUGCUGUUCAGGACCAGAUUUCCCCAGCCGUCCAGCACGCUGCAAGCAGAAGGGUCAGUGGCCCACCUCUCUCCCGGGGCCUUUGGCUUUGAAGCCUGGGGAUGGUGAGUGGGAGUUCUAGAAGGGGCAGGGCCAGAACCCAGGAGUCUGCCCUCAGCUGUAGCUUGCCUUCCUCCUGGGCUUCCUUUGUGGGCCACCAGCCCAAGGGAACUAAGACCAGGAUGGGGCUGGGCACUGCCCUUUCUCUUUCCCAGAAGCCCUGCUAGCCUUCUUGUUUCCAGGGCUAGGAGCCCACAAGGCUUCUAGCAAAUGCUCUCCAGCCUGUGGGAAACCAAAGAUGGGAAGCAGCUCCUAGGGGGCUGAGUCUUCCUCCCUCCUUCUCCCCAACACCGCAUAUACUUUCUUUCCUCCCGUCCCCAGGGCUCCACCAAUCUGUUUACAUAUUUAUUAUCCUAAUGGGGGCCUGAGCAGGGUUGAGGGAGCCAGGGGAGGGCCAGGAGUCCCACCACCAUUGGUUCAUUGUGCGCUUGUGUCUUGUGUGUUGUUAGUGUGUUCUAGAUCCUCCUGGGGGAUGGGGAUGGGGCUGGGCCCAGGGUACCAGGCCUCCCCAUGCCGAGCCCCAGCUCCGGGCCGCUUACCCUCCCUCUCCCCACGGCUGGUCUGGUUCUCAUGUAAACCCACUCCUUGCUUUGUCUCCUUGGACAUGGAUUUCAGUUAAGUAUUGUGUAACCUGUUACACUGUGUGUCCUUGUGUAAAUAAACUUGUUUCUGGCAGUGC